AUGAUUAUCGGCGUGAUUAUCGGAGUCUUCGCACCUAGUGUUCAAGACACAUUUGACACUGUUAAAUUGAACGGCGUCUCAGCACCUAUUGCCAUUGGAUUGAUUGCCAUGAUGUGGCCGAUUCUUACGAAAGUUCAAUAUGAAACGUUCCCCGCUCUCUUUACUUCACAGCGCCUCUGGACCCACAUCGUCUUAUCCGUCUUCCUGAAUUGGAUUAUUGGACCGUUCAUUAUGCUGGGUCUUGCAUGGGCAACUCUACCAGACCUCCCCACGUAUCGCACAGGAGUUAUCAUGGUCGGGCUCGCUCGUUGUAUCGCUAUGGUCAUGAUCUGGAACCAGCUCGCGCGCGGAGACGGCAACUACUGCGCGAUCCUAGUCAUGAUUAAUUCCAUUCUCCAGAUUGUAUUGUACUCUCCCUUCGCAGUCUUGUUCAUCAAUAUCAUCGGAAACCAAGAGUCCUCGAUUCAUGUUUCCUACGGCAAAGUUGCAAUCUCUGUGCUUAUUUAUCUAGGAAUACCAUUAGUUGCAGGGGCCAUAACACGAUACGGCGUCUGGUUACUUACCAGCAAACGCUUCCUUAACGAGAAAUUCUUGCCUCUCUUUGGCUAUAUUUCUCUUCUCGGGCUUCUCUAUACUAUCGUCGUCAUGUUCGCCUACCAAGGACACCAGAUUAUUCAUAAUCUCGGUCCCGUCUUCCGCACCAUGGUCCCCCUAAUCCUCUACUUCGCAAUUAUGUGGACAUUCGCAUUCUGGCUGAUUUGGCGUCUCAGCAAUCGGUAUCCUUCGAUUUUCGGGUAUGAGAUGGCUGUCGUGCAGAGCUUCACAGCAGGCAGUAACAAUUUCGAGCUCGCGAUCGCGGUUGCAAUUGCAGUCUACGGUAUUGACUCCGAUCAGGCCCUUGCUGCGACGAUAGGGCCACUUGUAGAAGUUCCUACCCUUUUAGCAUUAACGUGGGUUUCGCUGUUCCUCCAUCAGAAGCUUGCAUGGUCUCCGACGGAGCUUGCGGAGGGGCAUGUAACAGAGAAGAAUUCAUGA